AGCCCAUUACCCGCCCCGGCCUCAUCCCAUGGAAGCCUAGGAGACUGUUUCCUUUAGUUUUACCAAGGCCCAUAGAGCACCAUCUUCCUUCACUGAAGCUUACAGCAAAACACACUUGCUGAGAGAGUCCGUAUCAGACACCAAAAUAUAUCACAGGAAAAGAAGCAAGAUUUUGCAAGGCUCAGCGAUUUCGAGUUCAUCAGUGGCUAACCAAGAAGGAGCACCUCUUCUAUUACUAUGAAAGGAAACUUCUAAACCCUACCACUGUACCAUUAAUUACUGUCCUCUACGAGAUCUGAAAAGCAUGAAGGCUGUAGCUCUCUUCAUUUGUCUUGUAGGAUCAGCUUUUGCUAUUCCAACCCAUCCCUUAAACUACAAACUCGGAAUCCAUGGACAGAAAACUGCAGAAAAGACAGAAGAUAUUAAUCCUGAAUCCCCAAAGAAAGAAAAUUCAGGGUAUGUAGACAAGGGCAAUUUGCUGCCCAGUCACAAAAAUCUAAACCCAGAGGUAUCAGUACCAGACACUGAGCACAGGGAUGAGCCCCAGACCACUAGAAAACAAGGAAGAACUGGUAGUGAGCAUCAAGUGAAAAACAGCCUAAAAAGCAUCAAUUUCCUUGUGCUGCACAAUCAACAAGGUUUGGCUUUUGAUAACCAAGACAGUGACUCUGGAAGCAGUGGCAGGGAACAGUCCAGCUCUGAGCAUUACCAGUUCAGGAGGCAGGAGAAACACAGCAACACAGCCAAUCGACAUGUUCUGAGCAACGCAGAAAAUCCCAUGGGUGCUCUCAGUCUUGAUCAUGAGCAUAACGUAUGGAAAUACAAUAAGAACACAGCUGGCCUAUCUGAAGAAAACAGUGAAAGUGAUGAAGGUGUGGAAAAAGAGGAUGAGGAAUGGGGUGAAGAAACUGAUUACAGAGGUAUGAAGCUCAAAGGCCACCAGACAAAUCAAAGUAGCCAAUACAAAAGACAGCAAAAUGAAAACAGUAUGCAGGCUGAUGAAAACCUGAGAGAUUCCAGUCAACCAAGCCAGAUAACUAAGAGACACGGUGAGAAACUUAACCUAGAAGAAGAGAGAGAGAACAUCCAGAAGCAGUCUUAUGAAGAAGAAAGCCCCCAGUUUCAAAAAAAACAUAACAAAGAUCAGGAUGAAAAACAGCAAAGUCAACAGAGGAAAAACAAUAUUCAAAUAGACUAUCAGAGUGAUCACGAGUCAUUGGUGAAAAGACAAGAUAUGGAAGACAGAAAUAUUGAUGACAAUGGUCAUGACAGUGGCGAUGUUGAUGGUGAAGAAGAUCUCAGCAAUAUCUGGAAAGAAGCAGCCUAUGAGGAAGAGGAGAGAAUCCAAGCCAAUGACCAGGAGAGCACCAGUACUGAGCAUGAAGGGGAAGAAACCACCAGAGAUGACACUGCAGUUCAUAGAGAGAUCGAGGAUUACCAAAACGUCAAGAUUAAAGACCUUAUUCCCUCUGAACAAGAUGAUUACGAUCAUGAGACACCUAAUUCUGACAGAAAGCAACAACUAGAAAUGCGUAGCUCUGUUCAGAGCAUGAAUUCAAUGGAAAGUGAGGAUAAGGUUAAGACUACAGGCAGUUCCUAUGGAGAGAUGGAAAGUGCAAGCAACAGGAGUGAGCAGGCUCUCCUGGACCCAUGUAGGAACUUCCACUGCAAAAGAGGUAAAGUCUGCCAUACAGACAAGCAAGGGAAACCCAGCUGUAUUUGCCAAGAUCCUGCUGCUUGCCCUUCCACCAAAGACUAUGAGCAUGUUUGUGGUACAGAUAAUAAGACUUAUGAUGGCACAUGUCAACUCUUUGGCACCAAAUGUCAACUUGAAGGGACAAAAAUGGGACGCCAGCUGCACCUAGACUAUAUGGGCUCCUGCAAACACAUCCCUCACUGUACUGAUUAUGAAGUGGAUCAGUUCCCCCUCCGGAUGCGAGACUGGCUCAAAAACAUCCUUAUGCAAUAUUAUGAACGUGAUCUGGAUACUUCUGGAUUUCUAACUGAAAAGCAAAGGAAUAAGGUCAAAAAAAUCUACCAGAAUGACAAGCGCCUCAUGGCUGGCAACCACGCAGUUGAGCUGCUCCUGCAUGACUUUGAGAAAAAUUAUCACAUGUAUGUGUAUCCUGUGCACUGGCAGUUUCACCAGCUUGAUCAGCACCCUGUUGACAGAUCAUUAACACACUCGGAGCUCGCACCUUUGAGAGCCUCCCUUGUUCCCAUGGAACACUGUAUAACCCGUUUCUUCCAAGAGUGCGAUGGAGAUCAAGACAAACUCAUUGCUUUGAAUGAAUGGUGUCACUGCUUUGGGAUUAAGGAAGAAGACAUAAAUGAAAAUCUCCUGUUUUAAGCCUGGCUGAACAGAAUCCCAGUACUGCAUUAAAACUGGUGAAAUGUGUGAAUCCCAUUUAUUUCUGUAAUUAACAGCUUCAAGACAAAGGUGACAUAAGGUUCACUGUAUUCUUAUCAAGUACAGAAAAGUUCUACAUUCAUUAACAGCAGAAGAAUUUAACUAAUGGUUUGUAACUAAACAACAAGUUUUCCCACACAUGUAUCCAUGAUCUCUCUGAACCAAUAAAUAGUACUAACCUGAUUAUGCUGUUCAUAAAAAUUCAGUAGAUUUAUAGGAUGUGUUUUACCAUACACUGAGGAAAAAUUACCUUUAAAUAGGACCUGUUUCAUUUAUUUACUGCAUUAUCAGUUUAACAUUCUGCAUAGAAACCUCAAAUAAAAUAAGUCUACUUAGAUAUAUGGGUUUUGUCAGAACUUUGUCAAAGAAAAGCUAGCAAGGCAAUGAUUCAAUGAAAAUUUUAUAUUUAAGGGAAGAGAAGAAACUAGACUGUAGAUCACAUAUACCAGUUAUUAAACUAUAAUUCCUGAAGUACAUGAAAAAAAAAAAAAUCAAUGCUUUUCAGAUACUACUUGCCCCACCUCUUGAAACAACAGUAAUGGUACCAAUGCCACACAGCAGAAUUCCUGCUGACAAACUGUAAUGAGCUAACUGUAUGAGCAUGGUGAGUGUGGAUGUGUGUCAAAAAACUGAUUAGUAACAGGUCCACCACCACAAGGAGCAGAGGCUAUCAUAGCUCCAACACCUCCUUAUUCUCCUCAACAGGCCCACUGUUCCUUUCUCCCACAGAAGCAUCAACUGCUGCUAUCAUUUUUCCUGAGAAAGAAAUGCUAACUACUUUUUUCACCAUCCCCCAAUUUUUGCUUGCCUGAAAACAGGCACAAUUUAGGCAUAAAAACCAGGACAGACUAAGAUUAUUCCUGAAUCCCAUUAAGUUUGUGAUUUUAAGACAAGCACUUCAUCAAAAACACUCCAGGCAUGCUCUACUGUAAACAAGAAGCCCCCAACACUAUUCCUGCAAAGGAAGAUCAGAAAACAUCUUUCACCUGAACCAUGUCACCUUUCCAAUGAAAAUAAAAUGGUAUUCAGAAAUGCUGUUUUAGUAGCUCAGAUAGGGGAAGUCCACUUGCCCCUCGCUAAUUUGCUCCUGAACCAGCAAGGGCUGCUAAUCCUAGUCCAACUCCAGCCUCAUGCCCUUGGGAGACAAGGAGUCAAGCUAUGAUUAUUUUCAACACUGGAACUUCUUACAUGAAAGCUUAUUUCUCACCAAAACCUGUUUCAAUGACAGCUUCUUCUGUAAACCUGACUUGUUGCCCACUUCACAUUCUGUAACAUCACACAGCAGUGUAUAUAAAACAACAAAAGCAUAUUUCCUGAGUUAACUCCAUUUGAAAAAGAUUCAUUCUCUGGGACUUCAAAUAUCUCAGGGAAAAAGUAGUUCAACAAAUUUUUUUGUGCCUGCCUGCUUAUUUGCUCUUUCUACAGCAAAGAGUCAUCCACCUUAAAACAAUCAAAUAAAGUUCACACAAGGACAACUCACAAGUGAUUGACAUAUUCUCCACUGAGGCUAAUACUCACCAUUGUUCCACUUAAACCAAGUACUAGAAGAUGAUACAAUAACAUUUAUCAGGGUAAACAGGAAAGAUUUUCCUUUAAACAGUCCAAGUUCUGCAGGGCAAACAGUGACCAUCACCAAAUGAUUACAGCCAUGGGAGCAGAUCAGCAUCCCACCUUCUUUUGAAAUUUUCAGUGAUGCUACCAUUCGCUUUUCCUCUGUAAGACACGGAAAAGGAGCACUUGAUAGUGUAUGUGUAGAUAGAUGCUACAGUCACAGUACGAGAAAAAUUUUCACCUGAGCUCUUGUAGUGCGCAAGGGGUCAAGAACCACCAAUAUUUUAUCUACAAAUUAUAAGAAUAGCAAGACUAAGGAUGAUAAUGAAAGCUAAUUUCCCCAUCAGUACUUUAACUACAUUGUUGCUCUUCUAGCUUAACUUAUAAAUACUUUAAUCUUUAUUAUUUCUUCAUUUUGUGACUUAGGUAAAAUAAAGCUGGUGAUAAUUUUAUUGACCUUC